AUGCAAUAUAAUCUUCAUGACACUUGUCCAGAAACUGACAGACGCAGGCGCCGUGCUGAAGCUGGUCUGAACACGGCUGCCAAGGCGGCUGGCCUCGAGUACUUUGGCUCCGCAACGGACAACCCUGAGCUUACGGACACGGACUACGUGGCUGGACUCUCCAACACGUCCGAUUUUGGCCAGAUCACGCCCGGCAACAGUAUGAAGUGGGACACCAUUGAGCCCUCUCGUAACACAUUCUCGUAUGACAAGGGUGAUGUUAUUGCCGACCUCGCGGAGAAGAAUGGCCAGAAGCUUCGCUGCCACAACCUGGUCUGGUACCAGCAGCUGCCCAGCUGGGUUUCCAGCGGCAACUUCGACAAUGCCACGCUCGUCGAAAUUCUGCAGAACCACAUUACCAAUGAGGUCAAGCACUACAAGGGCCGCUGCGCACACUGGGACGUCGUCAACGAGGCGCUGGCCGACGACGGCACCUUCCGUGACUCGGUCUUCUACAAGACCAUUGGCGAGGCCUACAUCCCCAUUGCCUUCGCUGCGGCCGCGGCUGCCGACCCUGAUGUCAAGCUGUACUACAACGACUACAGCAUCGAGUGGAGCGGCGACAAGUUCAAGGCCGCCAAGAAGAUUGUCGAGCUUGUGCAGUCUUACGGCGUCAAGAUUGACGGUGUUGGUCUCCAGGCUCACUUCACUGUUGGCAACACGGUCUCUCAGGAUGCCAUUGAGGGCGUCAUGAAGGAGUUCACGGCCAUGGGCGUCGAGGUUGCCAUCACGGAGCUCGACAUCCGCACCGAGACCCCCGCCUCGGAGGAUACGCUGAAGCAGCAGUCGACCGACUACGCCUCUAUUGUCAGCGCCUGCGUCAACGUCGAGGGCUGCGUCGGUAUCACCAUUUGGGACUACACGGACAAGUACUCCUGGGUUCCCAACACCUUCUCCGGAUACGGCGAGGCUCUUCCUUGGGACGAGAACUUGGAGAAGAAGCCGGCCUACGACGGCAUCCUGAACGCGCUUCAAAGUGGGUCUUCAUCUUCUAACACCUCCCCCUCUGCCUCUGCUUCGUCAUCCACAGCCACCGGCGCCGUCGCGGACGCUGCGGCAUCUUCUUCCAACUCUGCUGCCAUUGCCACUACUGCCGCCUCAUCCGCGACAGCUGCUAAGGCCUCAUCCGCCGCGCAGGUACAAACUAGCUCGACCGCUGCUGCUGAGGCGGCCACGACGAAGGCGACGUCCGCGCCUGCGGCUCCCAAAGCCACUAAUUUGACGACUUCUGCUGUUGCUGCUUCUUCUGUUUCUUCUGCUUCUUCUGCUUCUGCCGCUAAGCCGGCGGCUUCUAGCCCCGCUGCUGCUGCUGGUUCUGCUGCCGGUGCAGCGGGAACGGUGGCCAAGUGGGGCCAGUGCGGUGGUGCGAACCACAAGGGCGCGACGGCUUGUGUUUCCGGGGCGAAGUGCACCAAGUUCAACGAGUGGUACUCGCAGUGCUUGUAA